CAUGAAUGUCGACGUCAUGAUAGAGACGCGGACUCGAAGCACCGGGAAGCUCGAGUGGACGGGAGCAUCAAGGCCUGUCAGGGCACAACUUGAAGUACUUCGUAUAGUCGGGGAUACAUCCUUGCGAUACACGACUAGUAAGCUCAAAUCAACUUCAGCUAUCGCGCGUGUAUCUACACUCGAUAUUCCAGGUGACACUGCUCUGUUGGGAAGGUUGCAUCGACUCGAAGUGGUCAGAUAAUCACUAGGAAACCGAAAAGGAGUCAUGUAUAUCCCGAGACUUGCGGAGUACAGUCAGUAAUGACUUGGGUAGAUGGUGAUUACCAAAUAUUGACCAUACGGAGUUCUUUCAAGGUGCCGAAAUGAUACUGCGCGACGUAUCUUUAAUAGCUGUUCUGAUGAACGAUAAGGGCAUAAAAGCCGGUCAUAGCCAGGCCAAGGGGAUCAUUACAUCGUCAAUAAGCUGCAAUGGCCUCCCCAAAAGUCUGGUUUAUAACGGGGACGUCCUCGGGAUUCGGAAGAUCUAUGACAGAGUACGCACUCAACCAAGGCGACACCGUAGUAGCAACCCUCCGCAAACCACAAGUCCUAUCUGAUCUCGCGGCCCGAUACUCAGCAGACAGACUCCUCGUACUCAAAGUCGAUGUUACAAAGCAAGAAGACAUUGACGAAGCAUUCGCGCGCGUGCAAUCGGCGUUCGGACGACUGGACGUAGUGUUCAACAAUGCUGGGUAUGGAUUUUUCACGGAAAUUGAAGGCACGCCCGAUGAUAAAGCGCGUGAGCUUUUCGAGACAAAUUUUUGGGGUGCGACGAAUGUUAGUCGUGCUGCUGUGAAGUUUUUUAGGGAGGUGAAUGAACCGGGAAAGGGGGGAAUACUUCUUCAAGUCAGUUCCAUUGCUGGGUUUCAUGCGCUUCCUGGGUUUGGUUACUAUACUGCGUCGAAAAUCUGCAUCAUUGAACCUGGGGCAUUCCACACAAAGGGAAACAAAGAGGCAGCGGUAUUACCGCACCAUCCAGCAUACAACGACGAGUCCUUUCCGACUUCGAAGUUUCGUCAGAUGAUGGAAAGCGCGAUUUUCAAAGGAGAUCCAGAAAAGCUCACGCGGACUGUGUAUGCGGUUGUGCAGGGAGAAAAGAUACCGGAGCGGUUGCCUAUGGGUUUGGAUGCGCUUGAGUUGCUGAACCGUAGGAUUGAGAAUUUGAAGGCGACUGUAGACGAGACGAAGGUAUGGUCAGAGGAUUUGAGGAGAGCUGAUGGAGGAGUCCAAAUACUUCUCUAAAGUGACUUCACUAUAUGUAGACAACUCAUAGGAAUGGAAUCGAGUGGGAUGUGUGACAGUUAGAGUGAUUGUGUCAAAUACGUAUGAGACACUGGCC